AUGGCCGCCCCCUCCACGUACGCCGACUGCGUCUCCUCCCUCACCCACUCCCUGACCUUCCUGACCUCGUCCGUCGCGACCCUGCGCGCCUCGACCGCCGACCUCCCCCGCCUCUCGACCGCCCUCCGCACAACCCGCCACUACGAGCUCAUCCCGCACCCCUCCCUCGCCGCCGCCGAGGCCUCCCUCCGCGACGAGAUCGGCCCCCACAUCGCCCACCUGCUCGACCGCGCCGAGACCCAGGUCGACCGCGCCGAGCGCCGCGUCGAGACGCUCAAGGCCCGCAGCGAGCUCCUCGCGGGCCGCAUGGCGGCCGACGACCGUGGCGGCGGCGGCGGCGGCAGCAACAGCACCGGCGGUUCCAUACGCGCCAGGACGCCCGGCGCCAGGGGCAAGGGCCUCGCGGGCGAGAGGGCGCUCAAGGCGCGGGCGGUGCGCACGAGGAAGGAGGGUCUCAAGUACAGCGUCGAGAGGCUCGAGCUGCAGGUGUCGCAGAAGGAGAGGGAGCUGCGGAAGAGGCUCGAGGAGGCUUGA